GCCGCAGGAGUCAUCCCAGCUCCCAGUUUUCAGCGUUCGGUGUUGCCCUUUGUCGGCGGUGCCAUGGGGGAAGCGGAGAAGUUUCACUACAUCUACAGUUGUGACCUGGACAUCAACGUGCAGCUUAAAAUAGGAAGUUUGGAAGGGAAGAGAGAACAAAAGAGUUAUAAAGCUGUUCUAGAAGACCCAAUGUUGAAGUUUUCAGGACUGUACCAAGAAACAUGUUCUGACCUCUAUGUUACUUGCCAAGUUUUUGCAGAAGGGAAGCCUCUUGCCUUGCCAGUGAGAACAUCCUACAAAGCAUUUAGUACGAGAUGGAACUGGAAUGAAUGGCUAAAACUGCCUGUGAAAUACCCUGACCUGCCCAGGAAUGCGCAGGUGGCCCUGACUAUAUGGGAUGUGUAUGGACCAGGAAAGGCAGUGCCUGUGGGAGGAACAACAGUUUCACUGUUCGGGAAAUAUGGCAUGUUUCGCCAAGGGAUGCAUGACUUGAAAGUCUGGCCUAACGUGGAAGCAGAUGGAUCAGAACCCACAAAAACUCCUGGCAGAACAAGCAGUACUCUCUCAGAAGAUCAGAUGAGCCGCCUUGCCAAGCUCACCAAAGCUCAUCGACAAGGUCACAUGGUGAAAGUAGAUUGGCUGGACAGAUUGACAUUUAGAGAAAUAGAAAUGAUAAAUGAGAGUGAAAAACGAAGUUCUAAUUUCAUGUACUUGAUGGUUGAGUUUCGAUGUGUCAAGUGUGAUGAUAAGGAAUAUGGUAUUGUUUAUUAUGAAAAGGAUGGUGAUGAGUCAUCUCCAAUCUUAACAAGCUUUGAGAUAGUGAAAGUUCCUGACCCUCAGAUGUCUAUGGAAAAUUUAGUUGAGAGCAAACACCACAAACUUGCCCGGAGUUUAAGAAGUGGACCUUCUGACCACGAUCUCAAACCUAAUGCUGCCACAAGAGAUCAACUGAAUAUUAUUGUGAGUUAUCCACCAACCAAGCAACUUACAUAUGAAGAACAAGAUCUUGUAUGGAAGUUUAGAUAUUAUCUUACUAAUCAAGAAAAAGCUUUGACGAAGUUCUUGAAAUGUGUUAAUUGGGAUCUACCCCAGGAGGCCAAACAGGCAUUGGAACUUCUGGGAAAAUGGAAGCCAAUGGAUGUAGAGGAUUCCUUGGAGCUGUUGUCCUCUCAUUACACCAAUCCAACAGUGAGGCGUUAUGCUGUUGCCCGGUUACGGCAGGCAGAUGAUGAGGAUUUGUUGAUGUACCUAUUACAGCUGGUCCAAGCUCUCAAAUAUGAAAAUUUUGGUGACAUAAAGAAUGGAUUAGAACCCACCAAGAAGGAUAGUCAGGGUUCAGUGUCAGAGAGUGUGUCGAAUUCUGGAAUAAAUUCUGCAGAAAUAGAUAGCUCCCAAAUUAUAACCAGCCCUCUUCCUCCAGUGUCUUCCCCUCCUCCUGCAUCUAAAACAAAAGAAAGUUCAGAUGGUGAAAAUCUGGAACAAGAUCUGUGUACCUUCUUGAUAUCAAGAGCCUGUAAAAACUCAACACUGGCUAAUUAUUUAUACUGGUAUGUGAUAGUGGAAUGUGAAGAUCAAGAUACUCAGCAGAGGGAUCCAAAGACCCAUGAGAUGUACUUGAAUGUAAUGAGACGGUUCAGCCAAGCAUUGUUGAAGGGUGAUAAGUCUGUCAGAGUUAUGCGUUCUUUGUUGGCUGCACAGCAGACCUUUGUAGAUCGGCUGGUGCACCUAAUGAAGGCAGUUCAGCGUGAAAGUGGAAAUCGUAAGAAAAAGAAUGAGAGACUACAGGCAUUGCUUGGAGACAACGAAAAGAUGAACUUGUCAGAUGUGGAACUUAUCCCAUUGCCUUUAGAACCCCAGGUGAAAAUUAGAGGAAUAAUCCCAGAAACAGCUACAUUAUUUAAGAGUGCCCUUAUGCCUGCACAGUUAUUCUUUAAGACAGAAGAUGGAGGCAAAUAUCCAGUUAUAUUUAAGCAUGGGGAUGAUUUACGCCAAGAUCAACUUAUUCUCCAAAUCAUUUCACUCAUGGACAAGCUGCUACGAAAAGAAAAUCUGGAUUUGAAGUUGACGCCCUAUAAAGUAUUAGCCACUAGUACAAAACAUGGCUUCAUGCAAUUUAUCCAGUCAGUUCCUGUUGCUGAAGUUCUUGAUACAGAAGGAAGCAUUCAGAACUUUUUUAGAAAAUAUGCACCAAGUGAGAAUGGGCCAAAUGGGAUCAGUGCUGAAGUUAUGGAUACUUAUGUUAAAAGCUGUGCUGGAUAUUGCGUGAUUACAUAUAUUCUUGGAGUUGGAGACAGGCACCUGGAUAACCUUUUGCUGACAAAAACAGGCAAACUCUUCCACAUAGACUUUGGAUAUAUUUUGGGUCGGGAUCCAAAGCCUCUUCCUCCUCCUAUGAAGCUGAAUAAAGAAAUGGUGGAAGGAAUGGGGGGCACACAGAGCGAACAGUACCAAGAGUUCCGAAAACAGUGUUACACAGCUUUUCUCCACCUUCGAAGGUAUUCUAAUCUUAUUUUGAAUUUGUUUUCCUUGAUGGUGGAUGCAAACAUUCCAGAUAUUGCUCUUGAACCAGAUAAGACUGUGAAAAAGGUUCAGGAUAAAUUUCGUCUAGACCUGUCUGAUGAAGAGGCAGUGCACUACAUGCAGAGUCUGAUUGAUGAAAGUGUCCAUGCUCUGUUUGCCGCGGUGGUAGAGCAGAUUCACAAGUUCGCCCAGUACUGGAGAAAAUGAAAUUGGUUUGGCCCAUCAAGAUGCUUGUCUCUGUGAGAAAACUACUUUAGAAACAACAUGUGUAUAACGAAGACUUCAGGCUAAUGAGCAAGGAAGAGAAUAUUAGUCUUCAAAAUACCAUAUAUCCUAAAUGUUACAGGCAUCCUAAAUGCCUAAAUUCUGUUUCCUUGGUUGUCCUUGCUUAAAUAUGGUCCCAAAGGGUUUGUUCUGAUAUAUUGUAUAUAUUUAUUUUCAAAUGUACACAUUGUUAAUGAGCUAAGAAGUAAGAAUUUUGUUCCAGAACCACAUACAUAUUAUGAGAGCUCUGAAGGAAUUUCAUGUUGAAAUAGUAAAACAUUUUAGCCUUCAAGUUUGAAA